AUGUUCGCUGUUCGACGUAUCAAGACCUCACGUAACUUAUAUCGCUUAUCGAAUCAAGUGAACAACCCCCAUCCACCUUCAACAUUCCUUACAACCAAUAUAAUCCCACUCACAUCACUUUCACCGUUCUCAACGUCAUCAUCCGUGGCUUCGUCCUCACGCAGACCUUAUAUCUCAGAUCUGACCCACGAUAGAUUUGACAUCAAAGGCAAAGGUCGAGCUGUCGAAUAUGACAUUCCUCAAACAGGCUUCUUAUUAAAUGUUGGUCAGAAUGGCCGUUCCUUUUCCCGUACUUCUGUUCAAAGGGUUGCAUGGGAGCACCGAAGACUGUUUCAUGCGACGUCAAGGAGAAAUGCUAUACCACUCAUACCCGCUUCAAUAGCCAUUCUCAAAGGAACAUCCAUCCUAACGGCCGCAACGGCAUUAUCUAGAAUAUUAAUAUCAUUCUUCCCACUCGGUACACUGGCAGCAUUCAAGAUGGCCAGAGCUGGAAAAUGGUUUGAAACGGAUGUUGUCGAACCUGUAGUCAGUGAAAAUGCUAAAGAGUUUUGGAAAACGUGGUGUGAAGGAGAAACAGGUAAAUGGUUAACGAACAAAGAGGCGAACGAAUUUUUGGGAUUAGAUUAUAAUGAUCAAGGUGGAUUGAGAUCAUCCGAUGGUAGAAUUGCUUAUCCAAUUCCAUUCCCACAUUCAAAAUUUCGAUCAAGAAGAGGAGGUGGUGAUAAAACACCUUGGUCACCUAAAACAUUAGAAGAAAUGGAUCAUAGUAAAAGGCAUACUCUAAGAUGGAUACAAAAAGCUCAUUUUUGGAUGCCUGAUUUACCUGAAGCUUCUAAAACAACUAGAUCUUGGUUGGAAUUAUCAUCAACAGAAAAACAGCAAGUUGAAGAAUUGAGAAAAUAUUGGAUAGGUAUAAAAGCGUUUAAAGAUUGGUAUAGAAGAGGUAGAGCUAUAAUAGGUACCAUCUUUUGGUUACCUUUCUUACUAUUAGCGGUCGUUUAUAUAGCUGCAUUAGAAAGAGUUCCAUUAACCGGUAGAUGGAGAUUAAUUCUAUUAACACCAGAAGAAGAAGAUACAGUCUCAAAUAGUUUGGCAGGUCCAAAUUGGUAUAAAUCAGUUAUAAACUUAUUGACUACACCGGAAAAACCUGCUCCUCCAAUAGUCCCUCCAAAUGAUUGGAGAUAUCAAUGGGUGCAGUCAACUUUAUCAAGAUUGGAAAAUGCUAUUUUAGCAGAUUGUAAUCAAUUACCUGAAGAUCAGAAACCCACUCCAGCCUAUCCACCAGCCACGACAAUCCCACCCCCUCCUUAUCACCCUAUCAAACCUAGGCCGAGAGUCUCAUCAAUGUUACAUUCAGUCUUGCCCGGUGGUGAACCAAAUUCAGGUCAAGAACAUUUAGAAGUUGGACCGCCAUACAACUUGAUGUUGAUGGAUAAGGAUGAAGAAAAUGCCUUUUCUUACGGCUUUGGAGGUAAAAGAGCAGGCGGUAUUGUCGUUUUCACAGGUUUAUUAGAUAUGGUAUUACGUGAUACCACAAAUGUUGUAGAUCUCGACGAAAUACCUAAAGAGCCAGUGAAAUCGAAAAGCUUCUUUUCUUCGUUAUUCUCGUCAUCUACUCCUACAUCAAAUCGACAACCUCAUUCUCAACCGACCGAAGAACAGACGUUACGAUUGGCUUGUGUAUUAGCUCAUGAGAUGGGUCAUUUACUGUUAAGUCAUCAUCUUGAAGCGCUAUCGCAGCAGCAAGUCCUCUGGCCGAGUAUUUUGGGAUUUACAAUGGAUUUAGUUCGAGCGUUCAUUUGGCCUAUAACCUGGUUCCUAGGUCCGACGUUGAAUGACGCUUUGGCCAAUAUGGGUAGAACCAGUACAGAUGAAUUAGUUGAAAGAUUCGGUGAACUUGGUUUCCAAUAUGUUCACGAAUACGAGGCUGAUCUAGCUGGAUUGAGGAUCCUAGCUCUGGCAGGAUAUGAACCUCAAAAGACCCUAACAUAUUUCUCUACUUCAGUGGCAGAUUUACACGAGAUACAACCGGUCAAGAAGUUGACAGAAGAUAACACGUGGACAGGAUCCAUGUUCAAAUUAUGGACUAGAGCGACUCAUCCUUCACCUGAACAAAGAAAGGAAGCUAUCAAAGAUGAAUUAGAUAGAUGGAAGAGAGAACGCGAAAAGGAAGAGCAAUCGGAGCUUGCCAAUAAGUAA